CGGCUCCUUCAUCAGCGGCGGGACGUGGGACGGGGCGCUGCCGACAGCCCCCGCACCUCCCCCGGCAGCGCCCCGGGGCCUCUCCCGCACCGCUUCCCCGCGGGACCGGCGGCCUCCGACCCACCAGGUUGACGGUUGGACAAGAUGAUUUUUAAGGUCCCUUCCAACCUAGAAGAUUCUGUGAUUUGUGCUGGAGACCAGUGUAUUUAUCCAGAUUUCUCAUGUUAUCCACUGCUAGAAUGAUAUUAAGGCUGAAGGUUAGUGGCAGUCAGUGGUGAUACACAGCUGUAAGAGGUAAGAAAGAAUAAGGAUCCCCUUGCAUCACAUGAGGCUGGCAUUGUCUCCUCAGCUGCAGGAGUUGGAAGAUUGAGUCCCAUCACAAAAUGUUGCAAUAUUUUUAAAAAUGUUCUGGCCUGGGAGGAGCAGGAGGGUGGCAGGGGCACAUAGCCCAUAUCAAGCAGCCGGUGUCCUCUUCGCUGGAGAAUGACAACUCCAGGAGGCUCUGUCUGGCUUCUGUCCCGUUCUUCUGACACUAAGAAAAGACUGAGAGCUAAACGGUACCUGACACCUCCUCUCUCCCUCCCCAACGGUUACUGCACCUUUUAAAUGCUGAUUUUUGCAAAACCCUCAGCCCAAGCCAGUCUGAGGAGGUGAGAAGCGUCAUUCCGAUGCUGCAUUAAGCUGGCCUGCCACAUCAGCUGAAAAUAGUUUCUCCUCCUGUGACCUCCUGGCAAGGUGCAGGGCUCCCUGCUGGGCUGCCUGGGCAGAGCCACAGGUGAGCCUCCCGCUCCCAGCGAGGUCGGUGGCUCCCCAAAGCCCAAGCUGCACUUGCCCAUACAACCACAUGUAGCCUCGGCUUUGCACCCGGUUAAUUUUUGGCUCAUUAGCACCUUCAGCCUUGAUGUGCUCCUGGGUGUGCAGCAGUUAAGUACUAGAAAAUAAGUAUGUUCCAUGGGUGCCUGUCAUGGUCUUCUGAGCCAUUGCCACAGGUUCCAGCACCACCCCUUUCCCACCCUCGCUGGCUUUUGCAGUAUUGGGAUCUGUUGAUAUCGAACUGGCUUAUCUGCGAAAAUCCCAUCAGAAUUGGGAAGACUUGUGAAACCUGAACCUUCGCCGAACUGCAGCUCCCCUUUCUUCCCCGGCGGCAGGGAGGACAGUCAGGAAAUUCAAUCUCCAUUGCGGUCCAAGGGCUCCAGCGAGCGGGAGCGGUGAGAGGUGGCCAAGAGCACAUCCCUGGCAGAUGCACAGCAUCCCCGCUGUGUAUGUUCCAACAGGACUGUGGUCAUCCCUGGACUGCUGAGAGGCUCGCUGAGCAUGCUGACAGCCACACGCCACUUCCACAGCUGCCAGCGCUGCGUGAGGAGGUAGGUCCUGGGUACCUCUCUCCCCUGGCUCUGCCUCCUGGAGAUGACAGCACCCAAGGUUGCAGUGGUUGGCGCUGGAGUUGUGGGCCUGUCCACAGCACUGUGCAUCACGGAGACUUGCCCCAGCUGCUCCGUGACGGUCCUUUCAGACCAGUUCAGCCCCGACACGACGAGUGACGCCGCAGCUGGGAUCCUCAUCCCUCACACCUACCCAGGCACACCGACCCACGUGCAGAAGCAGUGGUUCAAAGAGACCUUCACUUACCUUUUUGCCAUCAGCAACUCAGCCGAGGCAUCAGAGGCUGGCAUUCACCUGGUCUCUGGGUGGCAAGUCUUCAAAAACUCUCCCAAGGAAGAGUUACCUUUUUGGUCAGACAUCGUCCUGGGAUUUCGACAGAUGUCCAAAGCAGAACUCCAAAAGUUUCCUCAGCACCAAUUUGGUCAGGCAUUUAUGACCCUGAAAUGUGACUGUCCACCCUACCUGCUGUGGCUGGAGAAAAGGUUGAAAGCAGCUGGCGUCCAAAUUUACACCAGAAAAGUUGCAGACUUGUGGGAGCUGCACAGCGAGUACAACGUCGUCGUCAACUGCACGGGCAUCGGAGCCCGCCAGCUGGUGGGGGACGAGAAGCUCUUCCCUGUCAGGGGACAAGUACUCAAGGUUCAUGCGCCUUGGGUGAAAAACUUCAUCCGUGAUGGGGACGGCUUAACUUACAUAUACCCAGGGAUACACAGGGUAACCCUAGGGGGAACCAGGGAAAAAGACAACUGGAGUCUCGCCCCUGAUCCUGGCACUACCAAAGACAUCUUAGACAGAUGCUGCUCCCUUGAGCCCUCACUGCGGGGAGCUCAGGAUAUCAAGGUGAAGGUGGGCCUGAGGCCAUCCAGGCAGCACGUGAGACUGCAGAGAGAGGUCUUGAGCCGAGGAGGAGUUAAGCUCCCAGUGGUCCACAACUAUGGGCACGGGGCAGGUGGCUUUUCAGUGCACAGGGGCACAGCCAAAGAGGCUGCUCGCCUGGUGGGAGAGUGCAUUGCUGCUCUGCAAGGCUCCUCAUCAAGGGCCAAGCUUUGAGUCCCAGAGGUUCCUUUUCCAUUUACGACAUUAGUGUUGCAUCUCCUAGUAGAAGCUUUGAACUUUUAUUCCAUUACUGCAUAGAAGGAAUCUAAGACAACAGCUUGUGCCAUUGGAGAUGCUCAGUGGUAUCUUACCUGGCUUCCAGCAGCCACACUGGAAAGGCAUGAUGGGUUGAUCCAAGUAUUAGUCCAGCUGUCUUUCUCCUCUGUCUGGCAUUGUUUCUGCCCUGGGCAUUUCUCCUAGCCUCAUGUUAAGGAGAAGGCAAGAUAUGUAAAUAUUCUUCACAUAACAGGGGUCAGAUUGCUGCAGUAUAAUAUAGAAUCAUAGAUUGGUUAGAGUUGGAAGGGACCUUAAAGAUCAUCCAGUUCCAACCCCCCUGUCGUGGGGGGGUUAUGUCAUUAAGAUCAAUUGACAAUUUCUUCUUCUGCAUCUAAAGGGUAUCAGAUGUAUCAGAUGCACUAGGUUCAGAUUCAGUAAAAACUAGUUAUCUCCUCUUUUACCAAACCUAAUCUAGUAUUGCCCUUGCUCCUGCCAUGUGGCUAACAAACUUUACCAUUUUCUGUGUGAUUUACAAGGAAAAGAAAAAGCCACGCAGUACUGCAUUACAGUGCUCCAGGUCUGCUCUUACAGCAAGCAAUGUGUCAGGUCACUCUCAUGCACAGUGACCAGGCAAACAUUCUUUUAAGAGCAAGUCUGUGGCACUCACUGAUCACUGCAUAUUACACCUCGGGGAAUUUAACACAAAGUUUCUGUGAGAGGAGAUUGCCCCAAAUGAGCUACAAUUUUGUGAAUCUUUUCUCACACUUGUUUGCAAGUUAUCUCUUUCUAUCUACGAGCCCCUCAGAUUGUGUCUCAGGCACAGAUUACUUUUUUCCCCCAAUAGCAGUAUUGAUGGUCUGUGUUCUGCAGAAGAGAAAUUUUCAGGGUGGGCUUAGGAGCACAAAGAUCUCUUUUCUGCUUUGCAUCAGCACUGGCUGCUUUCCUUGCAACAGCUGAUAGGAAUAUAUUGGUGACAAACCAGCAAGGAUCUUAACACCAGCUUCAGUUUCAUAAGGGAGAGGAAAGCCAUUUAAGACUAGAUAAACACUCUAAAGACAAAUUUGUCUGUACCUGGACAGAGCCAGCCCCCUUGCCGUAAGGAAGCUGAGCCACCAAUGCCCAGACCCUCACUCCAUGGCAGAGGCUGAGCUGGACUUUACACUCCCCUCAGCAAUUCAAGCCCUUUGAUGUGGCUGAAGGUAGUCACUCCCCAAAAUUUGAGCAUACUGUCAAAGUACAGGUGAUUAAACUACUCAUUAGAUCUUAAAUGGCUCAUUCAAGGGUAUUAGCAUCCACUUAUGACUAUUUUUUUUGUCCUCACAAAACAAAUCAAAAUCUUUCAAGAAUUCACACGAUUAAAAAGAACCGAUAAAUUAAGCUCUAUUAACAGUUCUAUUAACGUUAUUCUUUCUAUCCUAUAUGCAGUUGCUGACUCAUGAAAGGAUCUUCCCUUUCAUCCCAUGCCAGAUUAGCUUCUUUAUGAUUCCUUGGUGACAGACGUUAUUAAAGACUUUCCAGAAGCUGAGCAGAUCAUACUGAGCUGAUUGCUCUGGUCUGCAGCCUCACUGUUUCCUCGGAAGCCAUAAGAGGAUGGUGAAGCACAGCUUCAUAGCUCCUCACUGCAAAGCUCUGCUGAUUCUUCCCUCUUAGUCCAUGUCUGUCCUUGCAACUAUCCUGUUAUCAUGGCUUUUGCCAUUUGCCUGCUACGGGUGUCAGGUUCAGUGGUUUGCAUUUCUCUAGAUCUCUCACAGUCCUUAAAACAGUGUCACAUGCCAUCCAUUUUUUCUUUGGCUGUUUUAAGUAAAGGGUUAUACACCAGCCCUAACAGUGCAACGAUUUUCCAUUAGCCUUCCUUAAAAACCCACAGGUGAGUAAAAUCUGCUUCUCAUCAAUUUGUUACUACUGGUUGGGUCUAUUUGUUCUAAACGCAGGUCUAAUGGCCCUUCAAUCUGAGGCAGCUUCUCUGCAUUAUCCCUUUAGCAAAGGGCUCUGCUGUGGGAAUUCCACUAAGCUUUUCUGUGCUGAACACUGACACAGUCUGUUUAGCUGAUGUGUUAGGGCUUGUUUUCUCCCAAACUCCUUUGCCACCCUGAUCAUCUGCUGAUUGCAUACCCAGGUCACCUGGAGACCCUCCGGCAGCCUCCUUGCUCCGGCUGGGGCAGAGGAAGCUUUUUAUCUGUUAGCAAGUUAUUUCCUCAAAAUCUUUUUUUAGUCUGCCUUUCUGUUUCUGGUUUUAAUUUGGCAGAGUUCGUGUCCUUUUACAUUUCCUCAUUUGGAUGGGAUCUAUUUCAGUUCUUUCCCAUGUAAUUUUUAUCAUGCUAUUGCAAUGAGCCAGUAAUGAUCUUUUUUCUGGACAGUCUCUGAUAUUUCACUACCCUUGUAUAAAAAUCAAGCAUUUUAGCCCUA